AUGUCACUCUUCCCGCCUUCCCUGAUCUCGCCCGAUGUCUCGACCUCCCUCCCACCGCCUUACACGAUUCGGCCCUUGGAACGGGAGGACUACACUCGUGGAUUCCUGGACUGUCUAUCAGACUUGACCUGGGUAGGGGGAUAUAGCGAAAAGGAGUUUUACGAACGGUACGAUUGGUUGGCCACCAGCGGCAAGGAUUGGUAUUAUAACGUGGUGAUCGACGAUGGACAACGCAUUGUCGGGACGGCUACGAUGAUAGUGGAACGAAAAUUUAUUCACAAUCGCGGUAUCAUCGGACACAUCGAGGAAGUGGUCGUCUCCAAAGAUCAACAAGGCAAGAGAUUAGGUAUAAAGUUGAUUCAAGCCAUCGACUCCAUCGCCGUGAAUCUUGGCUGCUACAAGACGAUUCUCGACACUGCCGAACGGAAUGCAGGAUUCUAUGCCAAAUGUGGCUACGAGAGAGCCGGAGUGGAAAUGUCGCAUUAUUAUGAACCGUUUACGGAGCAAUACAAGCGGGGAUAG